CAUUCUCAAAAUGCUUUGAUGACCCCCGGCCCCUUCCCCCCUAGAUUAAUGCACUUUUAAAUCAGAAAUGUAAACUUAGCCUAAAUUCGUUCUGCGCUCAGGCUAAUGUAAACUAGGCUUCGUUGCUUGAUUAUUGGCUUAAGUUUGUGGCUUAAUUAACCCRUAUUGUUUUCACUGUAACAUCUUGACUCAGUCAGUGCUGUCAUUGAAGGAAUUUAGCAGGCCGGGAGGAGGGACCCUCCCUCCUCCCGCCCUGACUUCAGAGAAAACGGAGCGCCAAAUAAUCCCGAUGGUCAGCGGUAAGACUCAUUCCACGUGAAGGAUCAACAUGGCGGAUUCUGUUUUUCUCAAAGCACCAGACGGCGACUCUGCAGAAAUAUUCCUACACGGUGCAUCAAUUACGUCAUGGAAAUGCAAGGAUAAUGAAAUGCUAUUUCUGAGCAAGAAGGCUGUGUUUGAUGGCAAGAAAGCAAUCAGGGGUGGGGUUCCUGUGRUGUUUCCAAAUUUUGGUCCAUGGGACCUUGGUCCUCAGCAUGGAUUUGCUAGAAUUUGCAAAUGGAAUCUUGAUGGAGAAGCAAAGAUCAAAAAUGAUUGUGCUAUUGCUAGAUUUGUGUUGGAAGAUUCUGAUUUCACUAGACAAAUGUGGAACUAUAGGUUUAAACUAGUUUACACUGUUACAGUUGGACAAAACAAGCUGGCUAUUAACUUUGAUGUCGAAAAUAAAGAUGACAAGCCCUUUGACUUCACAACCCUGUUUCAUACCUACUUUAAAGUACCUGAUGUUACUAUGGUAACAGUAUCUGGUUUUAAUGGAUUGGCUUAUGUUGACAAGAUAAGAGAAUGCAAGAAAUUUACAGAAACAAGCGAACCCAUUACUGUUGACUGUCUAACUGACAGAGUUUAUGAAAACACACCAGACAAGCACAUCAUAACCAAAGCUGGAGGUGGAAAUGAUCUCAUGGUAGAGAAAAUAAACCUGCCUGAUACUGUUGUGUGGAAUCCUUGGCAGGAGAAGGCCAAAACUAUGUCAGACUUUGAUGAUAAUGAAUAUCCCAACAUGAUUUGUGUCGAGGCUGGUCAUGUGACCAAACCAAUCACCCUACAGCCUAGAAGCAAAUUCGAAUGUGGACAAAUAUGCACUGUUAUUUUCGCAAAUAAGGCUUAAUUUAUCUUCCAACGGCUGAAAUGACAAAUACAGGGGUAUGGGAAUAGAUUGUUGGAAAGUCACCCUCUUUUCUCACUAACUUAUUAAUUUAUGUCUCAAAAAUAAAAUAAAAUCAGUACCGUGCGUGCUCUGGACUAGAUA